AUGGAUUCUACUGGGCAGGCAUACCAACAUCGCCCCGUUACCAUAAGAUUAUGGCCACCCAGCCAGAGUACUAGGCUUAUGCUUGUUGAGCGGAUGACCAAGAACCUUACAACUCCUUCAAUUUUCUCUAGAAAGUACGGACUGCUUAGCAAAGCAGAGGCUGAGGAGGACGCGAAGCAGAUUGAGGAUGUUGCUUUUGUUUCUGCAACCCAACAUUUUGAGAAGGAGCCCGAUAGUGAUGGGAGUGCUGCUGUGCAAAUUUAUGCGAAGGAAUCAAGUAAGCUUAUGUUGGAGGCUUUGAAAAGAGGGCCAAGAGUGAAGGACGAUGGAGAUGUUAUAUCUGACAAGGCUGGUACAACCGCUGAAACUGUUUUUGACAUAUCUGGUGGUGCUAGAGACUUUAUUAAGGGGGAGGAGGAAGCUGCAGAGCUUUUGAAACCACUGAGGGGACCAAACUCUUAUACCAAGAUAAUCUUCAGCAAUAAAAGUUUUGGCUUGGAUGCUGCCCAUGUUGCUGAACCCAUCUUAAUAUCAGUCAAGGAUCAAUUGAAAGAGGUAGACCUUUCAGAUUUUAUUGCUGGAAGACCGGAAGAAGAAGCCCUUAAAGUGAUGACUAUAUUUUCAUCUGCAUUGGAAGGUUGUUCUUUGAGGUAUCUGAAUCUGUCAAAUAAUGCCAUGGGUGAAAAGGGGGUUAGAGCUUUUCGGUCACUCCUCAAAUCUCAAAAUAACUUAGAGGAGCUUUAUUUGAUGAAUGAUGGCAUAUCAGAGGAAGCUGCCAAAGCAGUUUCUGAAUUGCUUCCUUCAACUGAGAAGCUCAAGGUUCUUCAUUUCCAUAGUAACAUGACUGGGGAUGAAGGUGCAAUUGCUAUUGCUGAAAUUGUGAAAAAUUCCCCAGCUUUGGAAGAUUUUCGGUGCUCAUCUACCAGAGUAGGCUCUGAUGGUGGAGUUGCCCUUGCUGAAGCACUCGGGGCGUGUAAGCAUUUGAGGAAGCUUGACUUGCGGGACAAUAUGUUUGGGCCAGAAGCUGGAGUUGCUUUGAGUAAAGUUAUACCUGCAUUUACAGAUCUUACAGAGAUAAAUCUCAGUUAUUUGAACUUGGAGGAUGAUGGUGCAGAAGCCCUUGCUAACGCCCUCAAGGAAUCUGCACCGUCACUUGAAAUUUUGGAUUUGUCUGGGAAUGACAUUACCGCAAAAGCUGCUGCUUCUCUGGCUGCCUGUAUAUCAUCAAAACAAUUCCUUUCCAAGUUAAAUUUAUCUGAGAAUGAACUGAAGGAUGAAGGUGUAGUUUUGAUCAGCAAGGCACUGGAAGGUGGUCAGGGCCAAUUAAUUGAAGUUGAUUUGAGCACAAACUUGAUCACGUGGUCCGGAGCUAAGCUUGUGGCUGAAGCUGUUGUGGGAAAACCGGGUUUUAAGAAGUUAAACAUUAAUUCUAACUUCAUUUCUGAUGAAGGAAUUGUUGAAUUGAAUAAUAUAUUUAAAAACUCACCUGAUAUGCUGGGACCUUUGGAUGAAAAUGAUCCUGAAGGAGAAGACGCUGAUGAGGGGGCCGAAGAAGAUGGCGAUCAUGAUGAAUUGGAAUCAAAGCUGAAGGGUCUUGGAAUUUAG